CGCUCUGCCCGGCCCUCCUGCCCCGGCCCCGGGGCCCGGCCCUGCCCGCUGCUCGGGUCCCGGCGGCGCUCGGGGGGCAGGGCGGGCCGGGAGAGGUGGCCGCAGUCCCCGCCUCUCCCGCGGGCUGCUCGGCGCUAAGGCCGGGGCCGCAGGAGCAGCUCUCCGGCGCCGCGGCCCGCCGGAGCCAUGAGCUCCCACCGCAGCGAGAGCGACUGGCAGGGGCUGCUGAGCGAGUAUCUGGUGUGCAAAAGGAAGCUCGAAAGUAAAAAGGAGGCAUUGCUAAUCCUGUCCAAAGAGCUGGACACCUGUCAGCAAGAAAGAGACCAGUACCAACUUAUGGCCAACCAGCUGCGGGAACGACACCAGUCUCUGAAAAAGAAGUAUCGGGAGCUGAUUGAUGGGGAUCCAUCACUUCCACCUGAAAAGAGGAAACAGGCAAAUCUUGCUCAACUACUGAGUGAGGCUCAAGAUCGAAAUAARCAUCUUGGAGAAGAGAUUGGAGAGCUUCAGCAGAGACUGGGAGAAGUACAAGGGGACAAUAAGCUCCUUCGAAUGACCAUAGCAAAGCAAAGACUGGGAGAUGAUGAAGUUGGGGCUCGCCACUUUGCAGCACAUGAACGGGAGGACCUUGUUCAACAGUUGGAGAAGGCUCGAGAACAAAUUGAGACUCUGAGAUAUGAUCUUCAGGCUGCACUGGAUGAGUUACAGGAUGUGAAAGAGGAACGCUCUGUUUACCAAGAUAAGUCUGACAGACUAAACCAAGAACUGAAUCAUGUCUUAGGAGGACAUGAAAACCGUAUCAUUGACAUAGAUGCUCUGUGUAUGGAGAACAGGUAUCUUCAAGAGAGAUUAAAACAACUUCAAGAGGAAGUCAACCUUCUGAAGUCCAGUAUUACUAAAUAUAAGAAUGCACUAGAGAGACGAAAAAAUUCAAAGACUCAUAGUAGAUCCAGUAGCAGUGCUCUGACUGGAGUCCUUUCUGCAAAGCAAGUCCAAGAGUUGUUGUCGGAGGAUCAUGGAUGUAGCCUACCAGCCACACCACAAUCCAUUUCAGAUCUCAAAUCACUGGCCACUGCAUUACUGGAAACCAUCCAUGAAAAAAACAUGGUCAUACAACACCAAAGGCAAACCAACAAAAUUCUAGGUAAUCGAGUGGCAGAACUAGAAAAGAAAUUAAGAACUUUGGAAAUCGCUGGCUUGUGGAGUCUUCCAGGUGGGAAGGAUACGAUAACGUUCAGUGACCCGGCCCUGCCCGUGRUACAGCGCUCCAGGUCACCGUUAGCGUUUCCUGAUAAACCACAGAGAACYGAAGUACAAGCAGAACAGAAGGGAGAAUGUGAUGAAAGUUGUGCUGUUGCAAGUGAGCCCCUAGCUCCAGAGGGGAAAAGCCUAAAUAACAGAAACCAAAAUAAACAUUUUUACCCUUCAUUACCCCAGCUACCUUCUGAAGAGGAAGACAUAAACAAGCUUGGAAGUCAGAUAAUUAAACUGACAGUUGCAGAACUGGAAGGGAAAAGAGGAGGCGCUCCUGUGGGGGAGCAGAACAUGGGAGUUGGAGCAGAGCUUAAUGAUUCAUCAGAGGCAGAGUUCCCACUUUCCAGCCCUGAUCCAUCUGACCCCACAGAUCCCUCAAACUCUGAGAAUGAACGAACAGGUGAAAGUGAGGCCCUGAAAGACAAUAACAAAACCUCAGAGAGGGAUUGUGAAAUUCCAAAUGAAACAGGGGAUCAAAAUAGCAACACCAUGGAUGCGGUGCAUACUGAAGACGCUGGAAGGCAUGGAGGGCUCAGUGUUACAACUGCAGACACAAAUAACAGCUUUGAGGAGCUCUCUGARUCUGAAAACAAGAAACCAUCUGAUGCUGCUGAAAACCGUGAAUAUUUUGAUAACAGUUUGGCUUGAGCUAAUCUCAUGAAAAUGAAGGGAGUUACUUCACCAGAUACUGAGAACCCAAUUUAAUGAAGCUCUGAAGGAAACAUCGUCAGAGAAGCCAGAAGUCUUACUGUGAGAAACAGCGAUGCUGUUCCAAAGCAAGGAAAACAGCAAGAGGAGAACGGGUCAUGCCCUGUCUACCUACAUGGCUCUGUCRGUUUCUGAAAUUGCAUUCCUCUUUUUACAGGAGCUGGAACGGCCCUUGGGCUUAGUUAAUGGGUGGCAGAUUUCAGCCUACUCCAUCUGUGCUCUCCUUCURAAGGAAUUUUGUGUCCUUUUUAUUUUGUUAUUUGGAAUUAAGGAUAACUCUUCCUUUCCUCCUUAUUUCACCAGUCUGUGGUAUGAUAAAAGGAUUAUUUGCAUUGCUGCUAUUUUCUUAAACUUCUUCUCUUGAAGAGGUUUAGUCAUAGAAAAACAUUCCUAUAAUAACUGGGGGAAAAGGGAGCUGCUGUGUCAUUCCCKAGCUCAGUCCUGAUGCUGGAGCUGUGCCACUCUGCUUCGAGGAAGGCAGCAACGAGGGAAUACUUAACACUGAAGUUAGCAGCUGUUGGAGAAGGGGAGGCAGGUCUUUCCUCUCCUGUUUGUAGCAUAAGGAAUACUUUCUGCAGCUGUGGGGCUUCUAUGGGCCAGCAGCCAUCAAGGCAAUUUUUUCUGCUGGCUUGGGACCUAAUUGUCUGUAAAUGUUCAUUUCUCACUCCUAGAACUUGAAACCAAUCAGAGAGAAUUAAAGCAAAUUUAAUAAAAUACUACUAAUAAAAAGGAAAAUCCCUCCCAGAUUGAGUACUUCUUUGACAAAUAACUGCCASCUGCAAGUUUUUACAGCCCACUUGUCAGCUACUGAAUAAAGAGAGUUUAUAUUAGCAGUACUGACAACUCUUCUGUAUGUAUAAGAUGAGYUAGCAGGUGCUGCCAUAAUCAAGGUGUCAGAGUCCAUGAAUGGUUURUAUUCAGCAGAAGAAAGGCUGUAUGUAAAUUAUUAUGUAUAAAUAUAAGGAGUGAUAGUCAGAAGGUGAAAAAUGUGGCUUGUCUCUGUUCUCAUGUGUUUUCCCUAGCAGGUGCAUUUGUGUAGCCCUUUCAGUGUCUGUCUGCAGGAUAUAAAGCCAUACUUACAGGGCUCCUCAAAUAUGUUUACUCUGUKUUUAAGGGUAAUUGGACAUUGCAGCAUUCCAUUGAUGUUAAGCAGCAGUCCUUAGGAACAAAAGUUAUAUAAAUAUUUAAGUGUAUWAGGGAAAGGACGCAGUAAAAAAAAAAUGUUGUCCUGAUCACCAUUAAAAUUCCUCAUUACCUGAAAAAAAACAAAACAAAACAAGAGUUUAAGUGUAUGAAAGACUGUUUAGCUGUUCCCAGUAAUUGUAACUGACUACAUUAUUGACUCAUUUUUGUGACAGUCAGAAGAGAAAUUGCUGUAGAAACUAAAAUCUCCAGGAGAACGUGAGGAUUUUUUCCUCUAAAGCCUGAAUAUCACAUGAAGUAGCAUUUUAUUUCAGAUGUAUUUUUUCUAUCUUUCCCAGGCUGAUCCUGCACAGAGCUAAAUAUCAGUGCAGUCAGAAUGAGGCAAGCAAAUACAAAGGUCARGAUUUCCUGUGGCUGAGAAAUGCUGAGGGUCUUUUAUUAUUUCCCUGUCCUGUGUCUUUCCUGACAUAGAAAUGUUCAAAUGAGCAUUUUGCUCACGGUCCCUUAACARCCAGUUAAUGCUAUUAGGUAAUGAAAGCUUGGUGUAAGGUUGGAGCAGUGCUGGAUCAACAGCUUUUUAGUGCCUCAUUUGCUGAUUCUUUUCAGUAUGUCUUUUCUAUGAGAGCAUACUGAUGUUCUACACAACAAUUAGGGCAUCUUGGUAAUUGUCCUCACACCAUUUUCCCCCUUAGAUUCCAUUUUUAAAUCCUAGCAAUCAGUAAAGUCCAGUAAGAUACAUAGUUCUCUGAAAACCUCAUUUUCAGUGUGAUGCCACUGCUGCAAUACUGCCCCUWUACUUCCUGCUCUAGCAAAUGUGUAUUCUAGCUACAUUUUUAGCCUUCUCCCAGGAAUACAAGACUUCAAAGCAAGGAGACUUGUAAAAGUAAGACAUUGUUGCUGCACUAGGUGAUAAUUAAAUAUUCUUGUCAGUAUCUUCCUCAGAUGCUGCUUUAAUUGUUGUGCUAUCUUAACAAUUAUUUUUUCCCCCCAGUAAAUUUACCUGGGUUUUUUGUGCUUUUUUUUUGUGCACUCAACACUACCUUAGAUUUGGGGGUAGUGGUUGUGUUUUGUUUUUUAAGACCUGUGUUCCCUUUUUUUUCCUACUUUAGAAGUGCAGAGAUGACAACCAGAUAUAUAAGCCUUUUUGGUAUUGGGCUUUGGAGAAGCAAACUGGGAAGGGAAUUUUGUGGCAGGGGUAUGGAGAAGCUGCAUCUCACAAACUGAUUUUAAGGAGGUUGUCUUACCUAAAAGUGAAAUCAUGCAUUAUCUGUGAGAAGGAUUUCAUUUGGAAGUAUGAUGUUGUGCUUAUUGGAAAAACGAUGUUCACUGAAUUUGUAAAAUAAGUGUGUGAAAAUGAGAGAUUAAGAAGUAUCUUUUAGAAUGCUGCUUCUUUUCUAAGUGAGACUAUUUUUACGCAUAUGGGAAUUUGUAUAAUAAAGGCAGUGGAAUUUCUUUAAUCCCUAUGAGCUCAGGAAUGUAUUUCAAAAUCUUAACUGAGAUUAAGUUGAAAAUCAGCUACAUUUCUAAAAGAUAGCAUUUUGUUUACCAGCUUCUGUUUUGUAGUUUGCUUUCUAAAUUAUGCAGUUUAAUUUAUUUGCAAACCACUCUUUUGUUGCUGCCUGGAUUAACAGCACAACAUGGUUAAACUAUAUUAAUUAACUUUGUCUUCUUUAAUAAAAGCAUUUCCUGAUAUACUUGUUCUACCUGCUUGUUUCCUUUUCUCUUCUCAGUAUCAGAUGAGUGAUAGCCAUGGGGUGAUGUUUU